UCGCCGUUUCCUUGGUAACAACGUUACGUUCGCUGAUUAUCAAACACGUUAACGACUCAUUCAGACAACAUGGACAUCCAGGAACUAACUAUCCGGAGCUGUGGAGAAAACAUCGUAGAAAUGGUUGACAUGGACGAAGAAAACUUUGCUGUUUCCAGUUCUUCCGCUGCAGAAGCUGCUUUCGAUGCUGUCAUUGGCUGCAUAGAGGACAUCAUCAUGGAGGAGGAUUUCCAGCAGCUUCAGCAGACCUUCAUGGAGAAACACUACCUGGAGUUUGAGGAUUCUGAUGAAAACAAGCUCAGCUACACACCCAUCUUCAAUGAAUAUGUUGACCUGCUGGAGAAACACCUGGAGCAGCAGCUGAUGGAGAGGAUCCCCGGCUUCAACAUGAACACCUUCAUAGAGCUGCUUGUGAAGCAAAAAGAGGAGGUGCCUGGUGAUAUCUUUGACAUGAUGCUGAGUUUCACUGACUUCAUGGCCUUUAAGGAGAUGUGUCUGGAAUACAGAGCGGAGAAGGAGGGCCGAGGUCUGGACCUGAGUCACGGACUGGUGGUCACAUCUCUGAUCCCUGCAGGCUCCAAACACACCGACUCCACUGAAUCACAGUGACAGACACACACACAAAAAAGUCAAAUUUGAAUUGCCUCCUCCUCUUCAUGUUUAUUUGACAUUUUUGUCCAUGGGCCUUCAGACAGUUUUUAGCUUGUGGUCAGUUUUUUGGUGAGUUUUGUACUAAAAAGGAGAGCUGCUGGAUGGACUCCCCAUAAAUCUACAGUCUCACCCAUAACAGCACAUUCAUAAAAACAUUCCUCUGUGUUUUAUGUUGCAGGUGGGACAGUGUGUUUGUUUAAGAGUGGUGGAAGGGUUUGGCUUAUUUCUACUCCCCAACCACUGCACUGGACAUCAUAACUACUUGAAAUGUUUAGAUGCAUUGACCUGGAAUCUGCAGGUGAGAGGCCUAAUGCUGAUGUUACAGAUCAUCUUAUUCACGUAUGUUUUUAUGAAGAGUUUGUAUUUAUUAGUUCUGCCUUGUUGGGAAGAAGAAACCCAUUACUCUGGUGUUGGUUGUUGUGAAGGGCAUAAGCAGGAGACACCAUUUGAUGUAACUGAAUGUUUGACUCUGUUCUCUUUGCCUAGUUUGUCUUUUCAUAAGAAAAGUGUAUAGCAGAACUAAUAUAUGUUUUAAGAAGGUUUAAAUUAUUUAGUCUGUUUGAAAACUCAUUGGAUUGAGUUUUGUGCCUGUCAAAGUGAUUUUUAAUAUAGUUAUUUUUAGUGUGUGUGUGUGUGUGCCUGUGUG